GUUUAAAUACCAUAACUACAGAAUCGAUGAAAAAAUCAAUUUUAGGCAAAGGGUUUUUGAAAUUUCCCUUAAAAUGUUCCCCAUUAAAUACGCACGAAAAGGAUCGAAAAAUGGAUGGCUUUUUAAAAUCCAAGUUAUCACCUGCCGCGAAUCCCCAUGCUGUGGUCUAUAAGGUUGAUGGUUCUGAAAUAUUUGUCACGGGAAAGGAAAGAAAGUGGUUACAUCCUAUCAAACUAAAGACACAGGAGACUGUGAUUAAUCUUUCUCGUCCAAUCUACGUUGGAGAAAAUGAGAAAGAACAAUAUAAUCUCUUCAUAACAAAUCUAGAAGACGUAAAACCAGACUACCUGGCAUCCGGUAGCUGGGUAAACGCCCGUGUUCUCUUUAAUUAUCUUGACGAAAACGAGUUAUCGUUGCUGAGUCCGUCGAUGUCUAUGUAUCAUUGGCUGACUUCAUUUAAAUUUUGCCCUCAAUGCGGUGGAACUAACCAACUUUGUGAUUUGGGCGCCUAUUUGCGGUGUUCAUCUUGCAGCGCCGUGCAUUAUCCUCAGAUCACACCAGCGAUAAUUGUGGCUGUGCUUGACGGAAGAGGCAAUGUUCUCUUAUCACAACGAAGAAAACAGUUUAUAAAAGAGCCUGGAAAUAAACCCAUAUUAACCAUUCUUGCAGGCCAUGUUUCGCAGGGAGAGUCACUGGAAGAUGCAGUUUCUCGGGAAGUAUUUGAAGAGUCCAAUGUCGUUAUUUCGAAACUGCGUUAUGCGGGCUCGCAACCAUGGCCCUUUCCUUCACAACUUAUGGGAUGCUUCUACGCUGUGGCAGACAACAGUCCCAUACUGAAGGCCGACCAAGAUGAACUUCUCAGCGUUGCAUGGGUAUCCAAAGAAAGUGUUCUAAAGGCUAUCAGAGGCUCACAUGAAUUCGCUCUGCCGCCUGUCUUUACAGCCACAUAUAACCUUCUUUCCUUCUGGGCUGAGGGCAAAGUAGAUGAUAUGGGGUUUCCUAACACUAAACUGAGCUAA